GAACACUAUUUGGGACAAAACGAGCACACAGGAAGGAAGAAAAUGCAGUGCACUCCUGAAUCAAAUGUCUACCUUGGGACCUGCAAAGGCCAGCACUGUUAUGAUGACUGCUCUGAUAGUGGAUACUCAGGUUUGUUCCACAGCCCACAGAGCAUCAGUGGGGUUGACUCCUGUAGGUCUUUGUCUCCAGUAGAAUUCACUGAAACGCCUAAAGAGAACCUCAGGCUUUCUGUCACACCAAAGGAGAGGACCAGAGAGCCAGUUGGAUUUUUGGGCAAGAACUUCAGGGGAAUACAGCGGCGAUCAGCAGUUAGCUGGUGCGAAACUCCUAAAAGAGAUUCCUCGUUGCGACACAGACUUUUACUGUGCAGGACCGCCACAGCUGUCAAAACUGACAACACAAAAUCGCCAUGCACCAGAAGUACUGAAUUCUCCAUCGGUGUCAGGUCUGAACACUGGCUCAGUGCAUCGUUUGGCUCUCUGGACAGUGUGACGGGGGCUUUGGCAUCAAGCACUUUAAAAUUAGAGCAGGAUCUGCCACUUUCUGGUGGGAAACGUCGUCUCCUCUACACGCAGGUGAGGACCUCCACUCUUGAAGAUGGUAAACUCAACCCUGGUUGCCUUUCCACUUUUGAGAGAAGAGUUUCACUCUCGGAUGCAGAGUUUAGUGAGAACAUUUCUGCCUCUGAUCAAAUUAAUAUUGAGACUCCUCGCUUUAGCAAAACCAUGCCAGCGUCAUCUAAAGGGAAUUCUCAAUCACCAAUCAGCAGUGUGACAAAUAACCUAAAUGACAGCUCAAGUGUCUUGUGCACGCCAUCGUCCACGCGUAGACCAAAAUACACCAGGUCUGUGUGUGAAGACAGUGGUUUCAGCUCCCUGACCUUUGAUAAAUCACAAGACUCCUCGGUUGACCACGAUGGCUCAUUCCAUGAGCUGCUGCUCUCUCUGUCCAGAGGAAAUGACGAAACCCCAAAUCUGGCGGAGGCAAAGCGGCGCUCCCGUUUGCAGCGUCAGCACAGGCUUUCUACUCUUAAAGAAGGAGGCUCUCAGUCUGAGGAAGACCCAACAGAAAGAAAGCAUGAAUAUCUUCAUUUUAAUGAAGACAAGGUUUUUGCUGACAGUGCCACACCUCACAGUGUCCUUUCUGUUAAAUGUGGUCAUAGCAUGACCUCUAAUAAUUUGGCAUCUUCAAAACAAGACUAUGCCACCCCACUCAGAGUAACUACAACCAAGCUAGAAAACAUGACACCUUUUAGCACAACUCCUGCCAACCCAGAUGUAACUCCUCUCCGGACAACCCCAGUCAACCUCUCUCUGACUCCAGCUUUGCAGCUAGUUCAUGCUAUGUGCCAGCAGAAAGCCCAGAUGUUUGUUGGCCAAAGCCCAAGUCUGAAGGAGCAGCUGAAGUCCACAGCAUCACUGACUGAAACCCCGGAGACAUUCAGGACCACCAUGCCAUUGGCGGGGCUGAUCGGCAGGAAGAUGGGCCUGGGCCAGGUGGACAUAUUGACAGAGCUGAAGAAGAGGAACCUCAGGCACAUCCUGGCUUUCAUACUCAGCCACCUGACCUCUGAGAGUAUCUACAGUUGCGGUCAGGUGUGCAAGAGCUGGAAUGAAAUCAUCCAGCAAGACAAGCGAGCUAGUUUUAAGAGCAGAAACCACCUGAGUGAAGUGGAGGCUGCACAUGAGCUCAGUGGUCCUGUCCAUGUCCCUGACGCAGAGACCAGACUCACUCUGGCUAAGAGGUCGGCACUCAAGACCAUCCAGGCCCAGUCUAGGACCUCCAGCUACUGCACCCCGCAGUCAGGAAAUAGAACUUUAACCCCAUUACAGCACAGCAUCUUGCAUUCAGGCAGUAGCAGCAAACGGGAUAAAUUUCUAGAAGUUGCCAAAACCCUCUUCAACGAUGAGUGCCUCAAGCCUUGCCCUCGAUGUCAGCAUCCUGCAAGGUGUCACUCAGUGAAAGGGGAGGGUGUGUGCAGCAGAGCCGACUGUGCUUUCCAGUUUUGCACAGCUUGUUUGUGUGCUUUCCACGGCUCUAGAGAGUGUGGCAGCCAGUCUGUAGGCCGUCGCAAGAAGGACCCGCUUCUUCCAGGAAGCGCUCAAAGCAAGCGAAACGUUAGGAGACUAUGAGCAGAAGGUGAACUGUAUUCCUCUUUGCUAGGCCAAAGUCACUUUAGCAUUUUUUUUUCUGCCUAAUGGUGAAGAUGAAGGCUUAGCAACAAGGA